GUAAUAGUGACAACCACAUGCAACUCGUAAACUUACCAUGAACAUUAUUUUUUACCAACCAAAUUUAAGUAAUGUCGGAUAAUAGAGUGCAGAAACUACUUUUCUCGGAAUAUUGCGAUUUUGAAGACAUGGUGCUAAUCGAAAGUCCUUUUGCGCAAACCACAAAAGAUGGCAAAGGCAUCCGUCAAGUUCAUUUAGGCUUAACUCCGUCAAAACUGAUACUAGCUACCGACGUUUUACCACCAGUAGAGUACGUCAGUUUUAAAUAUUCUCCUGGAAUUGAUCCCGAAAUUGAAACGUUCGAGUUGAUAGCAAUUUAUCCAGUGGAAAGUGUUAACCUUAGCAUUUAUAGAACCAAAAAGAAUCAAUCUUUAAAAGCAAGAUUUUGUAAUAAUAGAGUGCUUUAUUUUGAAUUAGGAGGGUCUAAAAAUCGUGCAAUGUUUUGGAAUCUAUGGUGCGAAAGAAUAAAGUUUUUGUGUCCGGACUAUUCAGGAUCUUCGCGCUCUGAGACUUCAGUAGGUACUUCAACCACUUCCAGUUCUUUGUAUUUGUUAGACAGAAAAAUUGUGACACGAAAUGGGGUAAAACAGCUUUGGUGCACAUUUGGAUCUGAACCUUUGGAUUCUAGUUCUUUGGUAAAACACAUAAGCAGUCAGCUAAAUCAUCAAAGUAAGUGGACUGACAAAUAUGCGUAUUUAGGAACAUGCUUUGAAAAUGGUACUUACACUCCAGUAAUAGAAACUCCCAGUGUUGAAGCAUUUGUAAAAGUUUCCAAGAGCUCUAAAGCAGCUGUAAGCUCUAAAAAAUCGGAAAUUUUAAGUUCUAUGGAAGUCAAUGAUUUGAGAAUAGGAGAUAGUAUCCAGAUAAAUCGUUUUGGUGAUGGUAUAGAAGAAGGGUGCCACACAGGCCUGUUUCUUACAGUAGAUGAUUAUAUUGCACCACGCCGGUACAGCCAACACAUGAACGACUCUAUCCUAGUUCCAAGUAUAUCUGAUUUUAUAUGUUAUGACCAUCUAGCCGAGACAGCAGUACUAGCCUGGGAGUUCUUUAGAGUUUCUGAUCCACAAAAAUACAAAAUCAAACACAGAAGGCGUUAUGGAUUUGUUCCUCAGCCAAAUUUGUACCAUGGAUUCGGUUCUAUCAGUAUAUCCAAAGGUGAUAAAUAUUCACUACAAUUAAAAAGAGUUGUGUCAUCGGUUUGUUUAUUAAAUUCAAAAGAACAUGUCUUUAGACCAUCCACGACAAACAAUGAACUAACCGCUUCUAUAUCACAGCAAUUUUUAGCUUCUGAUUACAAAAAAGAAGGCAACAACAUAACAAAUGCCGAAAAAAUGCCCGCUACCCUAUAUUGGACCCCUUGUUACAGAUAUAGGCCGCAAUCAGCAAAAAGUCGAUACCAACAGAGAUUGACUUAUCUACAGUCUACAACUAAAUACCAUGAAUCCUUAAAAAAGAAGCGCAAGAAAAAAGCACAGAAAAAUAUAUUUUUCAAAAAAUCUUAUCAGAACAAACUACAUAAAAUUGUUGAAACCGACGAAGAAUCCAAAGAUGGCUGUUUGUGUCCAAAACAAAGAAAAAAACUGGGUUUUAUAUACAGUCUUUUUCCUAGUAGCCCUGUUUCUAAAACUUUAAAAUUAGAUACAGAUGAUACCCAUUUGAGAUCAUUAAAACUAAACCUCACUUUAGACAAGGAUCAAUCUAUUUGGGAUUUUGAUUCUACUGCUCUCGCUCAACAUUUAACAAUGCUAGAUAAGGAGUUAUUUUUAAGAAUAUCAUCCCUAGAACUUGAUACGUUAUUGUGGCAGCAAUCUUCCAAAAAUACCCCGAAUAUUAGAGCCGUAAUUACUUUUUCUGAAAGAAUUAGUAGUCUCUUUGCUCUAGAAAUUAUUAAAACACAAAACAUAAAGAAUAGAGCCCGCUUGAUGGCCAGGCUGAUAAACGUUGCUAGUAAGUGCCAUAAGAUUUCUAAUUUUCAAUCGUGUCGAUCUGUUUUAAGCGGUCUGCAAAGCCCAGCUGUUUAUAGAUUGAGGGAAACUUGGGCAUAUGUAAGAAAGAAACAUGGAAGCAAAUAUAAAACAUUUGAAUGCUUGUGUAAGUUUUAUAGAGACACUAGAUUGUUAAUUUAUCAAAAGACGUUCUAUAUGGUUGCAUUAAGUCCUCCUUUCAUGCCAUAUAUGGACGACAUUUUUAGUAAACUAUUAGGAAAAGUACCUGAUUACCGUCUGCCUUUUAGUUAUUCACUUUCUAGAACCUCAAGUUUACUAACUACUAAAACGUGUACCAGUAUUGGUAAUAAACAAGAAGCACCCAAAUGUCCUCUGAUUUGGUCGAAACUGCUAAAACUAUUUACCUCAUCUGACAUAAAAGAUGCUACUGUUAAAACUAAAGAAGUGCGAAAAAGGUAUACGUCUCAAAGGAAAAAAGUCAAGUUUAAAGGUCUAUAUGAAUACUACCAACCACUGGAUAUUUAUGAGGAUUGUAGGAAAGAAAAUAUAGAGAUUGCUAAAGAGUUUUUGGAAAGAUGUCAACUAGGAGCUAUGAACUACAAUUUUAAGAUGGAUCAAAGUGUAACGAACUAUCUUCUUAAAGCAAGGUAUCAAGAAGAUAUGGAGAAUUUUAGUUUAUCUUUAAGUAUAGAGCCACCCCGUAUUUAUUACGAUCAAAACUUUAAUAAACUGUGA